ACUUCACUAUAGCUUCCGCGGGGCUAAUAGGAAUAUGCCGUAUGGGUGGCGUAGGGGUUGACGCCUCAUUAAUAAUCACGAGUGGGGCGCGCUGAUUGGUGGAAGGGGGGGCGCGUCUUGCGCAGGGUCGGCGGCGAGCCGCUGGCUGCGGGUCCCUCUGGCUCGCAUCGGAGCCUCCCCCCGGCGGGGUGGGGGGGGACUCUAAUAUCUAGAUACCCCCGGCGCCGGAGCAAGUCGAGACCCCGCCCUCCGGCUCCUCCCCCACCCCCGGUCGGGGCAAGUAGGGACCCUGCCCCCCAAUCCUAAAUACCCUCCCACUCCUCACUCGGGCAAGAGGAGAUCCCUCCUCGCCCCCUUCCUUCCCGCAGCCCCGUCGAGCCUGCCCCCAGGCCUGCUCUCUGCAGGUGGAGCCGUUUCCCCCCGCCCCCGGGUGGCUGCAGCUCCCCCAUGGCGCUAUACCUGCUGGCCCAGCGUGCCCAUGCCCGCCGGCGGCGGCGGCUGCCCCAGGAGCGUGUGUUUAAGCCCCGGAUCCAGUUCCUGAACAUGCCAGAGGAGCAGGUGAUGCGGCGCUACCAGCUCAACCCUGAGAUGAUCCGAGACCUGUGCCACGCACUAGAGCGCGACCUGCAGCCCUCGACUGGCCGCAGCCAUGCUCUCCCUGUUUACGUCAAGGUGACGGCUGCCCUCAACUUCUACACCUCGGGCACCUUUCAGACGCCGGCGGGCGACGCGGCUGGCAUCAGCCAGGCCAGCAUGUCCCGCUGCGUUUCCCAAGUCACGACCGCCCUGACCCGCCGUGCCAAUGCCUACAUCCGCUUCCCCUUCCAGCCUCAGCAGCAGGCCCGCACCAAAGAGGAGUUUCUGCGCAUUGCUGGCUUCCCCAAUGUGCUGGGCACGUUGGGCUGCACCCACGUGGCCCUCAAGCCGCCCUCGGAUCACGAGAACCUCUACCGCAACCCACUGCGCUUCCACUCCAUGAACAUGCAGCUGGUGUGCGAUGCCCAUGGCAUGAUAACCCAUGUGGUGGCCGAGUUCCCUGGCUCUGUGCCAGAUGCCCACAUCCUCAGCUGUUCCAGCCUCAGGGGCAUCUUUGAGGGGCACCGGAACAUGAAUGGCUGGCUGCUGGGGGAUGGCACCUACCCCCUGAAGCCCUGGCUGCUGACACCAGUGGAGACAGCAGAGACAGCAGCUGAGCAGCGAUACAACACAGCGCACAUGGCCACACUUGCUGUGGUGGGACGUACAGUGGGGGUACUAAAGGGCCGGUUCCGGUGCCUGGACCGGGCAGAGGGGGUGCUCCAGUACAGCCCCCUCAAGGUCUGCCACAUCUUCGUGGCUUGCUGUGUCUUGCACAAUAUGGCUGUAGGGCGGGGCAUUGCCAUGCCUGAGGGGGUGGAGCUGGGUGCCAGGCAACCUGCCCAGGCUUCUCCCCACCCUGAGCCCCUCUCCCAGGAGUCCCACUGCCUGCGGCAAGAGCUCAUCACCAGCUAUUUCAGCUGAGGGGCACCCUGGGCCCCUGACCUACCUGCAUGUGAGGGGGAGAUGCAGGGGUUGGAAGCCAGCCCAUAGAUAUUGGGGAAGUAUGUGGUGGUGGAAAGGCAAGGCUCUCUGGGCUGGACUAAGGGGCCACAGCCCUAUUAGAGCCAGCCUCCUCCUCUCCCGCCUUUGGACUGGUGGGGAGCACGUACCUUCCCUGAGACAGACAAACACUAAGAGGUUUUGUUUGUGUAGACCUAUCCUCAUAGGCAGCAGAAGCUAGGAUGCUGCUGCCAACCCAGCCACCCCCAGGGGAGGAAGCUGGCCCUCUGGCAGCACUGGAGAAGAUAGAGGGCACUCUCUUCUGUAGUCACACACACAUCAUAGGUGGCUCCCUGGCAACCCUCCCCUGCUAGCACAUUAAACUGGCUCCUUGCCCCUGGAGUGUGCCUGAUGUUGAGUUGCGCCUCAGAGGGUGGGGCCCAAUCACCCUUUGCUUCCUUCCCAACCCCCAGUUCCACCCCCAGAAGCUGGUCCCAAUGCCACCUAUCCUCCCUCUCCCCAUUAGGACAACAGGGCCUAGCCCCAGCGUGAGAUGCAGUCAUGUGACCAGCACCAGACUGACCAAAGGCAGCAGCCCAGCAUGAGGAGUCCCCUCCCUUCCCCCAGUAGACCCCAUGAAGUGAGGGCUCCAUUAAUCUCCUGUCCUUCCCCAACCAAGUGAGCCCCAGCCACCUCCUCCCCCGCCAGCAGCGGGCAGAUGAAGAAAAGGCAUUGGUUUAUUUCCUGGUUGCUAUAAGAACUGGUUACAGGUUGAGUUAAAAAAAACAUACAGGCAUUCUCCUCUCUGAUCAUGUACAAAACCCAGGCCCGGCUGGGAGGGAGCCAGGCCCAGCUGGGGACAUGGGCUCGGGGGCGGGGACGCGGAGCUGUGGCUUGUGGGAAAUGAGCAGAGACAGCAGAAUCAACACAGGGAAACAAGGAAAGACAAGAAAUAACUGCAGCUGGGAAGAGGGGGCAGACGGAGCCCCUGGCUCCCCACUUCAACCCCUCCCCCCCAAGAUCCUGACACAAACACCCCAGCCCUGAAGAGGGAUGGGGAGUUGUGGAAAUAAA